AUGAUGUGUUGGCUGUUAGCUGAGUCAUCAUGGCCGGCAAAACAUUCCGCAUUAGGUAGCACCCUUUCCGGGUGCGCUUUCGCACCACAAACUUCAAGUUAUGAAAAUCAACAUCAGAUGGGACAUUUCUCGACUUCUCCAACACACGGUUAA